CAGCUUCACAUAAAGAGCCGAGCGGACACUGUCUCCGUGUCCCCGUCUGUGCAGCCUCUUCUCCGCGGUCUGUAAUACUCUUACUGCCAGGGAUUGUGAAGCUAUGUCUCCCGCGGAGGGCGAGGUACCUGAAGGGCAGCCCGUGGACUUGGCUGUUGACGAUAUAACUGGCACCUCGCUGACUCUGUCCUGGAACCCACCCAAGUACAUUGGCCAUACUGGGCUGGCAGGAUACCUUGUGGAAUAUCGCAAGGAAAGCACUGAAACCUGGGUUGCUGUGAAUAAGGACGUUACCACAAAAACUGUACUGGUGAUUAAAAACCUGACCGAAGGUGACAAGGUGCAGCCUCGGGUUAAAGCAGUUCAUGGUGAUGGUGCAAUUGGCACUGCCAUCUUUCCAGAGCCUGUGGAAAUCAGGCAGCCCAUUGAUCCUCCCAAAAUCCGACUGCCUCGUAACUUGAGGGAAACUUUUAUUCGGAAAGUUGGGCAGCAAUUAAACCUGUCCAUACCGAUCCAGGGCAAUCUUCAACCUAACAUCACCUGGACAAAGGAUGAUCAGCCCAUGGACCAGGCACGUGUAAACAUCAGGAAUAGUCCCAUGGAUACUAUCCUAUUCAUCAGGAAACUCGAAAGAAAGGAUUCGGGCAAGUACAAGUUGGUGGCACAAAUAAACACCCUGGUGGAUGAAGUCGUCAUUGACAUCCAGGUUGUGGAGAAACCUGGCCCUCCACGGAACUUGAAGAUGGUGGACGUGUGGGGAUUUAAUGUGGCUUUGGAAUGGCAGCCACCUACUGACACUGGAAAUGCUGAGAUCAAGGGCUACACUAUUCAGAAAGCUGACAAGAAAACAGGGGAAUGGUUCACUGUGAUUGAGAAGUGUCGUCCCUGCUCCCACACCGUCUCCAACCUGGUGAUGGGCAAUUGCUACAACUUCCGGGUCUUCUCUGAGAACCUAUGUGGACUGAGUGAGGCAGCAGCACAGUGCAAGGAUACAGCCAACAUCCCCAAAAUAAGUACCCCAUAUAAUGCCCCUGUUUACCAAGAGAAAGAUUUCACUGAAGCCCCUAAGUUUACACAGCCCCCAACAGACAAGACUGCAACUGUAGGAUUCACCACCAAACUCUUCUGCAGUGUCCGAGGAAAUCCCAAGCCCAGGGUCAGUUGGCUGAAGAAUCAGAUGUUGAUUGAGCAUGACCCCAAAUUCAGAACUCUGACCAACGAAGGGAUCUGUACACUGGAGAUCCGCAAGCCCAGCACCUUUGACAAAGGAGUCUACACCUGUAGAGCAGUCAAUGCACUGGGAGAAGCAGUAGCAGACUGCAGGCUCGAUGUGAAAACUGUUCCUGUACCCCAGUGAAGAUGGAAGCCAUUGGAACCAGUUGCUCUGGACAGGUGUGUAUAACUUGCCUCUUGCCUCAUCGACCUGAAGGUCAGACCCCAGCUGUCUUGGCUGCUGAACUCAAUCGAAAUUAGGAUUGUUCAUUGAGAGAUUUAUGUGUCCAUUAACCCAAUUGUGAGCUGGACAGUGGGUAAAUCUUCCCUUGUCUUGUCUGUUCCCUGAAAUGAUAACAUUUUAAAUAGUGUGUGACAUUAAUAAAAUGGAAAUACAUUGAGAUUUAGCACUGAGCCUGCAAAUAAAGACUAUAC